AUGCUCACGCGGGACGAGUUCAACGAGGGAUGCCAGGAAUUCAUCAGCCAUGCCGGCAGACACGCCCGGGGCUGGAAGUGGGAGACCCAUCGCCCAACAGCGAUACUAGUAAAUCAAGAUCUGGGGUGUCUGCACAACGAGCCAAUCGACCGAACGCUGUUCUUCGAUCAAGCACCGGAUGGGCGCCUCCGAGCAGAGAGCGACGUGAACGGGGGCACCGUUGACGAGCACGAGGACGAGGCCGGCCUGCCCCCAGUCGCGGCACCAGACCACGCCGACCAUGGGCCCCACGAGCGGAUCAAAUACCAGGCGUCGGUCGUCUAUUCGGACACCUAUGGCGUGCCCCAGCUCCUCUUUCAGGCGUACAAGCCAGGUCCGUCUGCGCCUCCCGGGCCCCACGAACAUGCGGCUGAGAUUGGCUAUGUGGUAGAUGGGACGCAUCUAGACUUGCAGGAGCUCGUCGCCACCGAUAUCUUCUAUCGCCUAGACGCCCCGGCUGUCUACCCGCGCAUCCUGAUCGGCCAGCCCGCCGAGAGGCCCGCACACCAACAGCCCGACCAACACGAGCCGGCCGUCCGGCUCCCGAUCCUCACCAGGACCAUCCAUCCGCUCGACAACCUGCCCUACUGGGGCCUCCAUCCCUGUAACACCCAGGCCGCGUUGAAGGACAUCUUGGAUAACAACCACCCUCGACCCGCUCAGCACCACCAUCCUCGCCUGGUCAUCGAGUGCUUCUUCGCUCUCGUCUCUAGUCUUAUCAGAGUUUAA